UUUGCUUGCUUUGGAAGGGAUGAUGAAUAGGUAUGGCAGCAGUAUUUUUGUGGAGCAAGGCCACCUGUCAUCUUUGUGCAUGGCUCAACCCAAGUAAUCAACAUAGUUGUGUUCUCCUGCCACUCUAAGAAUGACGUUCAAGGACACCGGUCAGACUUGGACACACGCGCCCGCCUCGACAGCUUAGGUAGCUUUUGGAGGCGGAGAGCGCGAGCUGGGCAGUGGCUACCGUUGUGACCCCGUGACGGAAGCACAGUGCCUGGCUGCUAACCGCUGAGCUGGAGGUCCAUCUCCACAGGCCCCUCCCUCUGUGACUUCGCCCAGGCUUGGGUCCGCCCCCGGCUCGCGGCUAGCGGCCGGAGACUGCUACCCAUCAAAGCUCCGCCCCGUGAGUCCUGCCCGACCGGCAGCCCGCCGGGCCCGGUGGCCGCGGGGCCGCCUCUACUGGCUAACGGCAGUGACUCGGCGACCUUGAACCUAGAGCCCUAACCGCGAACCCACUGACCCCAGCACCCCAGCAGUGGCACAGAGUUUACCCAGCGUGAGGGGCGGAGCGGACCCAGUGUCCGCAAACAGAUUGGGACAAUGUUAGCUUUUGCUGCCAGAACCGUGUCCAGGCAGGUGGCUGCUCUUGCUAGUUUCUGCUCGUCCAAUUGGUAGCACAGUUAGGCUUAGAGAUCCAGCCCAGGCAGACAGACAGGGCUCACAUCCUCAGUCCUGCCAUGGAGGACGAGCAGCAGAGAGAGAAGGUGAAACCCCUGGGCCUCCUCAAGCCCUCCUCCUUGAUGAAGGUGUCUGGUCGCUUUAAGGCCCACCAGGAUGCACUGCCACGGCUGCCUGUGCCUCCACUUCAGCAAUCCCUGGACCAUUACCUCAAGGCACUGCAGCCCAUCGUGAGUGAGGAAGAAUGGGCUCACACCAAGCAACUGGUGGACGAGUUUCAGACCUCAGGGGGUGUAGGGGAACGCCUGCAGAAGGGAUUGGAGCGCAGGGCCAAGAAAAUGGAGAACUGGCUGUCCGAGUGGUGGCUCAAGACAGCCUAUCUCCAGUUCCGCCAGCCUGUGGUCAUCUACUCCAGUCCAGGAGUGCUGCUGCCCAAGCAGGACUUCAUGGAUCUACAGGGUCAGCUCCGGUUUGCUGCCAAACUCAUCGAGGGUGUAUUGGAUUUCAAGUCCAUGAUUGACAACGAGACGCUGCCAGUUGAGUUCCUGGGAGGACAGCCACUGUGCAUGAACCAGUAUUAUCAGAUCCUGUCUUCUUGCCGUGUGCCUGGCCUCAAGCAGGACUCAGUGGUGAACUUCUUAAAGUCAAAGAAACCACCCACACAUAUAACCGUGGUGCAUAACUACCAGUUCUUCGAGCUGGAUGUGUACCACAGUGAUGGGACACCACUCACCUCAGAUCAGAUCUUUGUGCAGCUAGAGAAAAUCUGGAACUCCUCACUGCAAUCCAACAAGGAGCCUGUUGGCAUCCUAACCUCCAACCACCGGAACACCUGGGCCAAGGCCUACAACAACCUCAUUAAAGACAAAGUAAACCGGGAGUCGGUGAACUCCAUACAGAAGAGCAUCUUCACUGUGUGCCUGGACAAGCAAGUGCCCAGAGUCUCAGACGACGUCUACCGCAGCCACGUAGCCGGCCAGAUGCUUCAUGGUGGUGGCAGCAAGUUCAACAGUGGCAACCGCUGGUUCGACAAGACACUGCAGUUCAUUGUGGCGGAAGAUGGCUCCUGUGGGAUGGUUUAUGAACAUGCAGCUGCAGAAGGGCCCCCCAUUGUCGCUCUUGUGGACCAUGUCAUGGAGUAUACAAAGAAGCCUGAGCUUGUGCGGUCCCCUAUGGUACCCCUGCCUAUGCCCAAGAAGCUGCGGUUCAACAUCACACCUGAGAUCAAGAACGACAUAGAGAAGGCCAAACAGAACAUCAGCAUCAUGAUCCAGGACCUGGACAUCAUGAUGCUGGUUUUCCAUCACUUUGGAAAGGACUUCCCCAAGUCCCAGAAGCUAAGCCCUGAUGCCUUCAUCCAGAUAGCCCUGCAGCUGGCGUACUACAGGUGUGCCCUGCCUGCUCACCUGCCCCGCCAGAGAGGGGAGGGAGGUACAGGCAACCCUGCGGCAACGGGACAUACUGAGAUCCUCCUCCCACCCAGGAUCUAUGGACAGGCGUGUGCCACGUAUGAAAGUGCCUCUCUGCGCAUGUUUCACCUGGGCCGCACUGACACCAUCCGCUCCGCCUCCACAGACUCGCUGGCCUUUGUCAAAGGCAUGGAUGACCCCAAAGUGCCGGAGCAGCAGAGGGUGGAGCUGCUUCGGAAGGCUGUGCAGGCCCACCGAGCCUACACCGACCGCGCCAUCCGAGGGGAGGCCUUUGACCGGCACUUGCUGGGUCUGAAGCUGCAGGCCAUCGAGGACCUGGUGAGCAUGCCUGACAUCUUCAUGGACACCUCCUACGCCAUUGCCAUGCACUUCAACCUUUCUACCAGCCAGGUCCCUGCCAAGACAGACUGUGUCAUGUCCUUCGGACCUGUGGUCCCAGACGGUUACGGCAUCUGCUACAAUCCCAUGGAGGCCCAUAUCAACUUUUCUGUGUCAGCCUACAACAGCUGUGCUGAGACCAACGCUGCCCGCAUGGCUCACUACUUGGAGAAAGCUCUGCUGGACAUGCGCACCUUACUCCAGAACCACCCCAGGGCCAAGCUCUGAACCCAGGCCCAGGCCUGCCCGUUCCACAGCCAAACCCACUUUGGAAUGGACUCCUGCCAUGGCUCGGCUCGCACUCCCUUGGCUCCCGUGCCCUCCAGGCUGACUGAGCCAGAUAAGCAUUCUCUAGCAGGGCCCCGAGGUCCAAGCCAAGUGCCUUCCAGGCCCUGUCCUCAGCACCUGCUGUAGUAUGUGCAGGGCUGAGCCCAGAGGCUGAACAAGACUAAGGCCCGGGUCCCCAGCAUAUCAUCCAUCGAUGUGAAUCAUGGGGAAGGGAACCCGUCCAGCCCACCCCUCCUCAGCAGAGGCUGUGAAGAGUCCCUUUCCUCAGCCCUGGCCAGUCUCUUUCAUCUCCACAGCCAAGCCAGAAUCUGUCUUCAUGAGGAAAUACCCAAGGACCAGGAGUCAGAGGACUAUCUAUCGAUGAGGGCCUCAGCCUCUCCAUAGUAAGGGUUAAGGGACACCUGAGGCCUAGCCUCCACCCUGCACCUCGAGGUGCCAUCUCCCAGCUGCCACCCUCUGGUGACUCUUGAGCCCCAGACUUCCUGCUUCCAUUCAGUGUGGUUCUUGCUGCAGUCAUGGUUGCAUAAUGUGAUUCUGCCAGGUGAUCAAUAAAGGGAAGAGUGCUGGUGAAGUUGA